AGGCUAACAGCCCUGUGACAGGCUUCACCUACCAGAGGGAGAGGGCGAGAGAGAGAUUAAGUGUGAGAGAAGGGGAGGCAGAAGGCGAGACAGAGGGAGCAGCUGAGAAGGAUCCUAGGGACCCAGUACUGAUCCCACAGCUGAGCACUGACUGCAGAAAGGACUCGGGUGUGGUGCAGCUUUGACAGCACUCAGGGUAGAAGACCUCUGUGGUGGCACACACAGAUCGCUAAUAUCUGUGACCAAGAGACCUGUUGAACAGCUAUGAAGAGCGCUGUGGUUUGAGUUAACAGACAAAGCCACCGUGGUCUGGGAGACUCAGUAUUGACAUCGAGCAGGAUCAUCUCCUCAGAACCUCAACCUGUAAGGAGAACCUGUAGUCUGUUUGUGCUGACCAUAGGCAGCUGAGCAAAGCAUCAUGACAAGCCAUCAGGCAGUAAAAUCUUUCAAGAAAUCUUCUGUCCCAGGAGUUAUUAUCACCCAGUUUGUAGACGAUAUUCCAAAUGGAUGCAGUACACCUGACUUUGAGCGGAAACCUGUCACUCUGACAUUGCAGGAAGGUAAAAAUGCCAUUUUCAGAGCUGUGGUCAAAGGUGUCCCAACCCCUGAAGUGAAAUGGACGCGUAUGCAAGGAGGAAUGGAUGAUCCUGCCAAAUAUGAAACAUUCUUCAAUAACGUUACAAAUGAAUUCAUUCUGCAGAUAAACAAACUCACUACAGAUGACAGCGAUUUGUAUCGUUGCUUUGCUGUGAAUGAAUAUGGGGAAGCUGCAUGCUCUGCUGGCCUCAGGAUCAUACAAGUUGGCUUUAAGAGGAAAGCGAGAUAUGUUCCUGUUCACCCUGCUGAUGAGUUAAAGAAGAAGCUUCAGGACUUCAGGAAGCUGCUGAGGAAGCGGGCCCCAGCACCAAAACCAAAACCCUUGGACAAAGAAGCAGUCUGGCAACUGUUGCUGCAUGCAGAUAGGAGAGAUUAUGAGAAAAUCUGCAUGAAAUAUGGAAUUGUUGACUUCCGUGGGAUGCUGAGAAAGCUGCAGGAGAUGAGGAAGGACACAGAAAGUGAACAAGGAGAGUUACUACACAGUAUCAGAAACUUCGAACACAUCAAAGUCAACAAGGAUGGAAAAGCUACAUUCAGUCUGGUGAUGGACCUGAAAAAUCAUAACAGCAAAGUUUAUCUGCUUAAGGAUGGUGAGAGGCUCAGAUAUGGAACAGGGGAUGAAUACAGAAAGCACUGCCUGAGGCGAAUUGGAAAAAGGUAUAGCUUCAUUGUCAACGAUGUGCAGCCAGAAGAUGCAGGCGUGUAUCAAGUCAGAGUGGAGGACAUACCUGUUUUCUCAACUGAACUGGAUGCUGAAUCCAUCCCUGUGAGAUUUCAGCAGCCACUCAGUGAUGUGCGUUGUCCUGAGGAAGAAGAUGCUGUCUUUGAUUGUAUCCUACGCACACCCUGUUACGAUGCUGUGUGGCUACACAAAACCCACCUCCUUGAGGGAAGUGAGAAGCACCAGAUCUCCGUAACACCUGAUGGUCUGACCCACCAGCUGAUUAUCAGAAAUGUUGUGCCCUCUGACAAUGGCAUGUACACCCUCGACACUGGACUCUGCUCCUCAAAUGCCUGGCUUAUUGUAGAGUAUGCCAAAGGAAAGAGGAGACAGGGUGAAGGAGAUGAAAGACAGAAAUCUGAGUGGCUGAAAGAAACAUUGCCAGAUAAAGACAGGGCUAAGAAACUUCGACGCAGAGAAUAUGUUGGUGAUGAAGAUCAUCUUAUGGACACUGACGUGGAAAAAGAUGGCUGGUAUAGAAAUGGUCAAAUUGGCAGUGAAGGACACUCCACUGAUGUUGAUGGAAACCAUAGAUUUUUGGGAAAAGAUGAGCUACACGGACCCCACAGAAAUAGAAGGAUGGGGUUUGGGCAGUUUUCUGGAGCAGAACUAGGUGGAGACUCAAUGACAAAUGAUGAUAGUAACUUUGGAUUAAAAGGCUUAGGAGGCAAAACUGGAUUAAGGCCUUUCCGUGGCAAGGAUUCUAUGACAGGCAGAGCAGAUACUGGUGAUGAAUUAGGAGGAGCAGGUGAAUGGUAUUCUGCGGAUGGCAGAGAUGAUGGUAUGGUGGAUGCUGUUAACAUUGACAUGGAUAAUGGAGAAGGAGUGCGCUCUCAGCAUGGCAAGGAUGGUAAAUUAGGUGAUAGUAGGUACAGAGCUGGCUUUGGAGGUGUUGGGAGAUUAGGUGCUACUGAUGGAAGUUCUGUGUUAAACAGACUUGAUCCUGAUUCAACAGGAGUGGGAGAUGGUAAGGGUGGUAAGGGUGACCUGUUAAGUAGGACUAGUCCAGGGACUGGAGCUAGAAAAAAUGCUGCAGGUGCUGAGAUUGCAGGAGGAAUGAAGUCCCCCUAUGGCAAGGAUGGUCUGCCCACUGUACUUGAUAUGAAUGGAGCAAAUAUAAACAGAGAAGGACAAAUAGGGACGCCAUACGGCAAGGAUGGCCCGACACUUCAUGCCAGCGGUCAUUUAGGGCAGGAAGGAAGGUCUGACUUGCUCGAUAGCCCAGGGCUUCUUCCAGCUGGACAUGGGGCUAUAUCUGGUGCAGGUGGCAGUUCUAUAGGGGAAAUGGAGGCUCCGUAUGGUCCAGAUGGUCGGACAGUUGGAGCAAGUAUUGGCGGUGCUGCUGUAGCUGGUGCAGGGGCUGUUGGGUCUCCGUAUGGAAAGGAUGGUCUCCCCACUGCGACUGGCAUUGGUGGUGCUGGCAUAGCUGGUGUAGGAGGAGUUUGGUCUGCAUAUGGAAAGGAUGGUUUCCCCGCUGGGGCUGGCAUUGGUGGUGCUGGCGUAGCUGGUGUAGGGGGAGUUGGGUCUCCCUAUGGAAAGGAUGGUCUCCCAGCUGGAGCAGGUGUUGGUGUUGCUAGUGCAGGGGGAGUUGGAUCUCCCUAUGGAAAGGAUGGUCUCCCAGCUGGGGUUGGUGUUGGUGGUGCUGGUGCAGCUGGUGCAGAGGGAAUUGCAUCUCCCUAUGGAAAGGACGGUCUCCCAGCUGGAGCAGGCGUUGGUGUUGCUGGAGCAGGUGGAGUUGGGUCUCCCUAUGGAAAGGAUGGUCUCCCAGCUGGAGCAGGCAUUGGUGUUGCUGGCGUAGCUGGCGUAGGGGGAGUUGGGUCUCCCUAUGGAAAAGAUGGUCUCCCAGCUGGGGCUGGCAUGGGUGGUGCUGGUGUAGCUGGUGUAGGGGGAGUUGGGUCUCCCUAUGGAAAGGAUGGUCUCCCAGCUGGGGCUGGCAUUGGUGGUGCUGGUGUAGCUGGUGCAGGUGGAGUUGGGUCUCCCUAUGGAAAGGAUGGUCUCCCAGCUGGGGCUGUCAUUGGUGGUGCUGGUGUAGCUGGUUCAGGGGGAGUUGGGUCUCCCUAUGGAAAGGAUGGUCUCCCAGCUCGGGCUGGCAUUGGUGGUGCUAGUGUAGGUGGUGCAGGGGGAGUUGGGUCUCCCUAUGGAAAGGAUGGUUUCCCAGCUGGUACUGGUGUAGGUGGUGCAGGGGGAGUUGGGUCUCCCUACGGAAAGGAUGGUCUUCCAGCUGGGGCUAGCAUGGGUGGUGCUGGUGUAGCUGGUGUAGGGGGAGUUGGGUCUCCCUAUGGAAAGGAUGGUCUCCCAGCUGGGGCUGGCAUUGGUGGUCCUGGCGUAGCUGGUGUAGGGGGAGUUGGGUCUCCCUAUGGAAAGGAUGGUCUCCCAGCUGGGGCUGGCAUUGGUGGUACUGGGGUAGGUGGUGCAGGGGGAGUUGGGUCUCCCUAUGGAAAGGAUGGUCUCCCAGCUGGGGCUGUCAUUGGUGGUCCUGGCGUAGCUGGUGCAGGGGGAGUUGGGUCUCCCUAUGGAAAGGAUGGUCUCCCAGCUCGGGCUGGCAUUGGUGGUACUGGGGUAGGUGGUGCAGGGGGAGUUGGGUCUCCCUAUGGAAAGGAUGGUCUCCCAGCUGGGGCUGUCAUUGGUGGUCCUGGCGUAGCUGGUGCAGGGGGAGUUGGGUCUCCGUAUGGAAAGGAUGGUCUCCCAGCUGGGGCUGUCAUUGGUGGAGCUGGUGUAGCUGGAGCAGGUGGAGUUGGGUCUCCCUAUGGAAAGGAUGGUCUCCCAGCUGGGGCUGGUGUUGGUGGGGCUGGUGUAGCUGGAGCAGGUGGAGUUGGGUCUCCCUAUGGAAAGCAUGGUCUCCCAGCUGGGGCUGUCAUUGGCGGUGCUGGUAUAGCUGGUGCAGGGGUAUUUGCAUCUCCCUAUGGAAAGGAUGGUCUCCCAGCUGGAGCAGGUGUUGGUGGGGCUGCAGUUGGUGUUUUUGGAGGUAUUGGAUCUCCCUAUGGAAAAGAUGGUCUCCUAGCUGGGAAUGGCAUUGGUGGUGCUGGUGUAGAUGGUGCAGGGGGAGUUUGGUCUCCCUGUGGAAAGGAUGGUCUCCCAGCUGGGGCUGGUGUUGGUGGGGCUGGUAUAGAUGGUGCAGGGGGAUUUGCGUCUCCCUAUGGAAAGGAUGGUCUCACACCUGGGGCUGGUGCUGGUGGUACUGGUGUAGCUGGUGCAGGGGGAUUUGGAUCUCCCUAUGGAAAGGAUGGCCUCCCUGCUGGAGCAGGUGUUGGUGGGGCUGCAGUUGGUGUUUUUGGAGGUAUUGAAUCUCCUUAUGGAAAGGAUGGUCUUCCAGCUGGAGUAGGUGUUGGUGGUGUUGGUGUAGCUGGUGCAGGGGGAGUUGGGUCUCCCUGUGGAAAGGAUGGUCUCCCACCUGGGGCUGGCUUUGGUGGUGCUGGUGUAGCUGGUGCAGGGGGAGUUGGGUUUCCCUAUGGGAAAGAUGGUCUUCCAGCUGGAACAGACAUUGGUGGUGCUGGUGCAGGGGCUGUUCAGCAUCUGUAUGGAAAGGAUAGUGUUCCAACUGGUGCAGGUGUCAGUGGUGGUGGUGUAGCAUGUUUUGGAGGUAUUGGAUCUCCCUAUGGAAAAGAUGGUCUUCCAGCUCAAGCAGGCAUUGGUGCUGGUGUAGGUGGUGCAUGGGAAGUUGGAUCUCCCUAUGGAAAGGAUGGUCUUCCAGCUGGGGCAGGCGUUGCUGGUGGUGCUGGUGGUGAAGGGGGUUUUGGGUCUCCAUGUGGAAAGGAUGGUGUUCCAGCUGUGGCUGGUGCAGGUGUAGGUGGUGCAGCGGCAUUGGGGUCUACCUGUGGAAAGGAUGGUCUCCCAGCUGGAGCAGGUGUUGGUGGUAGAGCUGGUGCAGGAGGAGUUGGGUCUCCCUAUGGAAAGGAUGGUCUCCCAGCUGGCACUGGUGUUGGUGGUGCUGGUGUAGCUGGUGCAGGGGGAGUUGGGUCUCCUUAUGGAAAAGAUGGUGUCCCAGUUGGAGCAGGUGUUGGUGGAAUAGCUGGUGCAGGUGGAGUUGGGUCUCCCUAUGGAAAACAAGGUCUCCCAGCUGGGACUGGCAUUGGUGGUGCUGCUGUAGCUGGUGCAGGGGGAGUUGCGUCUCCGUGUGGAAAGGAUGGUCACCCAGCUGGGGCUGCAGUAGCUGGUGCUGGUAUAGCUGGUGCAGGGGGAGUUGGGUCUCCCUAUGGAAAGGAUGGUCUCCCAGCUCGGGCUGGCAUUGGUGGUGCUAGUGUAGCUGGUGCAGGGGGAGUUGGGUCUCCCUAUGGAAAGGAUGGUCUCCCAGCUAGUGCUCGUGUAGCUGAUGCAGCUGGUGCAGGGGUAUUUGCAUCUCCCUAUGGAAAGGAUCAUCUCCCAGCUGGGGCUGGGCCUGGUGCUACUGGUGUAGGUGGUGCAGGGAGAGUUGGGUCUCCCUAUGGAAAGGAUGGUCUCCCAGCUAGUGCUGGUGUAGCUGAUGCAGCUGGUGCAGGGGUAUUUGCAUCUCCCUAUGGAAAGGAUCAUCUCCCAGCUGGGGCUGGGCCUGGUGCUACUGGUGUAGGUGGUGCAGGGAGAGUUGGGUCUCCCUAUGGAAAGGAUGGUCUCCCAGCUGGAGGAGGUGGUGGUGGUGUAGCGGGUGUAGUGGGAGUUGGGUCUCCAUAUGGAAAGGAUGGUCUCCCAGCUGGGGCUGGGCCUGGUGCUACUGGUGUAGGUGGUGCAGGGGGAGUUGGGUCUCCCUAUGGAAAGGAUGGUCUCCCAGCUGGAGGAGGUGUUGGUGGUGUAGCGGGUGUAGGUGGAGUUGGGUCUCCCUAUGGAAAGGAUGGUCUCCCAGCUGGGGCUGGCAUUGGUGGUGCUGGUGUAGCUGGUGCAGGGGGAGUUGGGUCUCCCUAUGGAAAAUAUGGUCUCCCAGCUGGGGCUGGCAUGGGUGGUGCUGGUGUAGCUGGUGUAGGGGGAGUUGGGUCUCCCUAUGGAAAAGAUGGUCUCCCAGCUGGGGCUGGCAUGGGUGGUGCUGGUGUAGCUGGUGUAGGGGGAGUUGGGUCUCCCUACGGAAAUGAUGGUCUCCCAGCUGGGGCUGGCAUUGGUGGUGCUGGUGUAGCUGGUGCAGGGGGAGUUGGGUCUCCCUAUGGAAAGGAUGGUCUCCCAGCUGGGGCUGGUAUUGGUAGUGGUGGUAUAGCUGGUGGAGGGAGAGUUGGGUCUCCUUACGGAAAUGAUGGUCUCCCAGCUGCAGCUGAUGCUCAUGGUACUGGUGUAGCUGGUGCAGGUGGAGUUGGAUCUCCCUAUAGAAAGGAUGGUCUCCCAGCUGGGGCUGGCAUUGGUGGUGUAGCUGGUGCAGAGGGAGUUUGGUCUCCCUAUGGAAAGGAUGCUGUCCCUGCUGGAGCCACUGUUGGUGGUCCUGGUGUUAGUGGUGCUGGUGUAGAUGGUGUAGGGGGAGUUGGGACUUCCUAUGGCAAGGAGGGCCUCCCAGCUGGGGCUGGGGCUGGUGGUACUGGGGUAGGUGGUGCAGGGGGAGUUUGGUCUCCCUAUGGAAAGGGUGGUCUCCCAGCUGGGGCUGGCAUGGGUGGUGCUGGAGUAGCUGGUGCAGGGGGAGUUGGGUCUCCAUAUGGAAAGGAUGGUCUCCCAGCAAGCGCUGGUGUCGGUGGUGUAGCGGGUGUAGGGGGAGUUGGGUAUCCUUAUGGAAAGGAUGCUCUCCCCGCUGGGACUGGUGUAGCUGGUGCAGGGGGAGUUGGGUCUCCCUAUGGAAAGGAUGGUCUCCCAGCUGGGGCUGGCAUGGGUGGUGCUGGCGUAGCUGGUGCAGGGGGAGUUGGGUCUCCAUAUGGAAAGGACGGUCUCCCAGCUAGCGCUGGUGUCGGUGGUGUAGCGGGUGUAGGGGCAGUUGGGUAUCCUUAUGGAAAGGAUGCUCUCCCCGCUGGGACUGGUGUAGCUGGUGCAGGGGGAGUUGGGUCUCCCUAUGGAAAGGAUGGUCUCCCCGCUGGGACUGGUGUAGCUGGUGUAGGGGGAGUUGGGUCUCCCUAUGGAAAGGAUGGUCUUCCAGCUGGGGCUGGCAUUGGUGGUGCUGGCGUAGCUGGUGCAGGGGCUGUUGGGUCUCCCUAUGGAAAGGAUCAUCUCCCAGCUGGCACUGGUGUAGCUGGUGCAGGGGGAGUUAGGUCUCCCUAUGGAAAGGAUGGUCCCCCAGCUGGGGCUGGCAUUGGCGGUGCUGGUGUAGCUGGUGCAGGGGGAGUUGGGUCUCCCUGUGGGAAAGAUGGUCUCCUAGCUGGGACUGGUGUAGCUGGUGUAGGGGGAGUUGGAUCUCCCUAUGGAAAGGGUGGUCUCCCCACUGGGGCUGUCAUUGGUGGAGCUGGUGUAGCUGGUGCAGGGGGAGUUGGGUCCCCCUAUGGAAAGGAUGGUCUCCCAGCUGGGCCUGCUGGAGUAGGUCUUGGUGGUUCUGGUGUAGCUGGUGCACGGGGAAUUGGUUCUCCUUAUGGAAAAGAUGGUCUUCCAGUGGGAAUGGGAGCUGGAGCUGGUAGUGGUGGAGCUGGUUUUGGUAGGUCAGGAUCUCCAUAUGGAAAGGAUGGUCUCCCAACUAGGGCUGUGGCAGGAGCUGCUCAUUUUCCUUUUGGAGGUGAAGAAGUAAUGGGAUCUCGCCAUGGCAGGGACGCUUUGCUGAGCAGAGCUCAAGGAGGAGCAGCAGGCAAUGGCUUUUCCUCAGAAGGUGGUGGUGUCAGUGGGUCUGCAAUACGGGGAGCUGGGUCUCCCUAUGGCAAGGACAGUGGCUCAGCUGGAGCCAGGGCUGGUGUGGGUGGUGUUGGCAGGUUGGGAGGUGAUGAAAGGGAGUUACAUUCUGUCCCUGGUAAAGAAGGUGUGGUAGGUGCUGUUGGACGAGGUGGUGAAUAUGGGUUGGAUUCACAUUCUGGCAAAUCUUCUAUGGGAGGUAAAACUGGAAAGGGCACUGCUAGUGAAUUCAGAGCAUCAGGGAACAAAGGUUCAUCUGAUGACAGAGAUUCACUUUCAGGCCAAAGAGAUGCCAGGAGUGAGGGCAGAGAUUUAGGAUACUUAGGCUCCCUUUAUGGCAAAAAUUCUGCCUUUGGAGGGGCAGGGAGUAAAUCCCAUAACAGAUCUGUUGAUGGGAGGAAUUCAGGUGGUUUUGGUCAAGGGUCAUUGGAUUAUGGUCAGAUGUCAGAUCUUUAUGGUGGACCUCCUUCAAUAAACCAGAGAAAACAGGAACCCAGCCUUGAUAUUAAAGCAAAUGAUUUCUUGAAGAAUACAGAAAGUAUGGGAAAAAGAAGACGUUAUUGCCUAGAUGAUCUGAAAGCACCACGCUGUUAUGUCAACAAACAGUUACUUGAUGUCAGAGUCCUUAAAGGGGAACCAGCUGAGCUGUCUUGCACUGUCAGUAAACAUGAAGUGGCAGGAACCUGGUUUAAAGAUGGAUUAAAGUUAACAAACAUGGAUGGAGUCCUUUUUGAAAAGGAAGGUCUAGUCCACAAACUAAUUAUUAACAAAGUAGAAGAUAUUCACGCUGGGAAAUACAGGUUUGAAGGUGGAGAUAUAAAAACUGAAGCUUCAAUUUUUGUUGAAGAUCCUCCACAGGUUGACAAAGUUCUCCUCAAAAACUUAACAAGUGUUCCUACUGUGGCCAAGGCAGGGCAGAAAGUAAAGAUCAAGAUCCCUUUUGAGGGCCGGCUGCCAAUCAGAGCAACGUGGCUAAAGGACAGAAUGGAGCUAGUAGAUGACGCAAGGAUUCGUGUUGAUAAAACAGAGACCUUUACCAUGCUGUCCAUCUCCAGCAGUGAGAGAAAGGACUGUGGGGAUUACCAAGUCAGGCUGAAGAAUGACAGUGGGGUCCUGGAGAUCAACUUAAAGCUUAUGGUAAUAGACAAGCCACAGCCACCUGCAGGACCCAUCAAAAUUGUAGAAAGCUCUGCAAACAACAUCACCAUUCAGUGGAAGCCUCCGAAGGAUGAUGGGGGCAAACCAGUGCAACGCUACAUUGUUGAGAGACAGCAGGUAGGCAAGAAUGACUGGGUGACUUUGGGAGAAACCCCCAGGAGCUGUACUACCUUCACUGCUAACAAAGUGGAACAAGACAGGAGCUACUACUUCAGGGUGAGAGCUGUGAAUGCCGAGGGAACUAGUGACGCACUGGAAUCAGAUGAAGUGAAGGCUGCUGGUAAAGCUUCACCUGGUGCCCCAGAUCCCCCUGAGAUUGUAAGUGCCAGCAGAGACACCAUCACAAUAUGCUGGAAAGCACCUCGUAAAACUGGCAGUUCCCGAAUUGUGGGAUAUAUCGUUCAAAAACGCAAGAAGGGUACCAUGACCUGGCUGCCAGUCAACAAUGUGCCUAUAGCAGACAAAAAGCUGAAAAUGACCAAUCUCAAGAAAGGUCUGCAGUAUGAAUUUCGUGUGGCAGCUGUCAAUGCUGCCGGCAUAGGAGAUGCCAGUGAACCAUCACAGCCUGUCUUUGCGCGGGAUUCCAUGAAAUCUCCAGGUCGAGUGCAGGACCUUAAAGUGAGCAGCAGUGACAGCACUAGUGUCACCUUGACAUGGAAGAGACCUGAAGCAAAAGAUGGGAGUGAUGUGAAAGGCUAUGAGGUGGAGAUGCGGUCUUCUAAGAGCCUCAACUGGACCAAAUGCAAUAAUCUUCCCAUAGAGAUGACCACUUACACAGUGAAAGGCCUCCAAGCCAAAGAGAUAUACUUCCUACGUGUGAGAGCCCUCAAUGACAGUGGCCCAGGAGAAGCCGCAGAGCUUGAAGCUUGCAUCGAAGCUGCUCCCCCUGUAGUUUCUCCCAGGUUACUAAUAGAUGACACAGUGAAAAGCUUCCUGGUUAUAAAAGCAGGAAAUACCAUCCGAGUGAAUAUUCCCUUUGAAGCGUCUCCAGAUCCAGUGGUGACCUGGUUAAAGGAUGGGCUUCCUCUUUCAAACCGGGCUAAAAUAAACACCAAAGAUGGUACCACCCAGCUGCUGAUUGCAGCAGCUGAGUUCGCUGACAGCGGCACCUACACUGUUGAGCUCCAGAAUGGGUUAGGGAGAAGAGAAACAUUCAGCUUCGAAGUUCAAAUUACAGAUAUCCCACAAUCACCUGGACCUAUUCAACUGGAAGAGAAUGUGCCAAAUACAGUGACAGUAACCUGGGAGCCAUCACCAUCUGAGAAAUGGGAAAGUAAUCUCUACUACACAGUCCUGAAACGUGAAUCACAGAAGGGCUUGUGGCACGUGGUGGGUGACCUGAUCUACACCAACAAGUUCACAUUCACCAAACUGAUCCCAGGCCGGGACUACUACUUUAGGGUUGUGGCAAAAAAUAGCCUGGGAGCCAGUGAUCCAUCUGAAACUGUGCAGCCUUGGAGCAUUCGAAAACCAAAGGCUGAAUUUCAAGUCAAACCACAGAAAUACAGGGGAGUGAACCAAAACCAGCCUCCGAGAUUCCUUGUCCCAUUGAAGCCUCAUGUGGUGACUACUGGGAGUGAGUGCCAUAUGAGCUGUGCGGUUGGAGGCCAUCCACCUCCAAAGAUCACAUGGUAUAAGGACAGUAGAGACCUCUCCAAUGAUCCUACCUAUUUUUGCACAAACGACUUUGGUGUCUGCUCCCUGGUUGUCCUGGGUGUCACAAAACAUGAUGAAGGAGAAUAUAUGGUAGAAGCCACCAAUGAAUCGGGCCGUGCGUUCAGCAAAGCCUUCCUCACUAUUAAAGACUCCACCCUGUAGCAUGGCCUUCCUGAGAACAUCUCUGCACUACUAUGUGAAUGUGAAGGUUUUUAUCGAGAACUGGCUCUAUAUGAAGGCUAUGCAUUUAUUUUCAGAUGUGCAUUAUAGUCUGAGUGUUUUAUUUUUCAGAUCCAGUAGUUGCAUUUUGAACAUGAUGCUGCACUGUAGUCAAAAUGGGAAAAAAAGCUUUAAGAGAAUCAUAUCUUUUUGUAAUGAUCAUGGCUUUCCACUAGACCUUUAAAACACAGAUGAGAAGCUUCAGGAACACAGAAGAUAAGAGGAAAAAAAAUUGGCUAAAAUGAAACUUUCCAUGGAGAACACAGGUGUAAGAGAUCAUCCUGCCACACCACUCACCUGCUGUCAGGCUGCAACAAGACUAUUUCUUGACACCAGAGAUCUAUGAAGCUAGCCUUUUAGCUUGUAGUUUUCUAAUCCAGAGCAAUCAUUUUAGAUUCCAUGUAAUUCUCAGCGGGUUUCAUAAUCCUGGUAGAAGCAGUUCUGCAUGUAUUCCACUGCCAGUAGCAGCUAAGUAUAUUAUUUCCCUUAACCUCUAAGUUGAAGAGUAUGUGCCUGAUGAUAGUUUUAUCUGGGCAAGAGAUAAAUUCUCAGAGUAAGCUAACAUGGGGUAGUGCUACUCACAGUGAAAAUGCAUUGAUGGGAACGAAUGGAAAUGUAGAACCAGUUGUAUUAGUCUGAGCAGAUCAAUGCUGUACUUAAAAACCUACUAUAGCAAGUGCUGUAAAAAAGGAUGUAUCAGUCCUAAACUGUCAUGUUAGUAUCACCAUUGGAACAUAACUGCCCCUACCUCAUGACAUUGCUAGAAUGUUUUUGCCUAAUGCAAAAAGAGGUUAAAAAUCUUUCAUGUUUGACCAGAAAUAUGAGGUACCACCAGAGAUCCUCUGCCAUGGCUGGGGGAUUCCAUUACUGAGCGGAGAACAAGACUGGAAAGCAAAAAUGUUAUGAUGACUGUAUGAAUGUUUAGCACUGUAGCCUUACCACCAAAGGUACUUUGACGGCAGCAUCUAGAAGACAGGAGAGUCUAGAUCAAAGACUCAAAGCCACUGGAUCCUCAGACAGCCAGUCAAACAUUUACGUGGGGCUGAAAUGUUCUUUUUGGUUACAUUUUGUACAACGUUGUACAGACAUAGCAACAGUAGAUUAUGAAAUUAAACCAUAAUUCAGUAAAAUCUA